AUGUCUGUCAAACAAGAAGACGUGACAAUGUUAUCAAGCGAUAUACCUUCGUCAUAUUCUAACUUUUCCAUUCCAAUCGAAUCAGAUACAGAUAUACUCCGUGUUCAGUAUGAUUCGAUGUGUCGUGAUCUAAACAUGGAUAUUCAAACAUUAACUGAAGCUUGGCUAUCUUAUAUACAUAUUCGUCGACAUUAUGUUCUGGAAGGUGAUCAGUUACAUUGGUUAGCGUGUUCACUCUAUGUUGCCUGUCGUACAACAACUAUUCCAACAAUUAGUGGUCUAGGAAAUGAGACGUGUAAUUCUAUCUCAUUAGAUCGUUUAUUGAAAUCCGCUCAUAAUCUACAAUUAAUCGUUUUUUUUGAUAAAUUACAUAAAUGGCAAGAUAUGGCCAAUUUACCUGAAACAUUGCGAAAAAACAUAGGUCAAUUAGAAAAUUCGUUCGAUAUUGUAUCGAUCGUUUAUCAGAAAUAUACUCAAAUGUUUACACAUAUUUAUGGACAAAUAACAAAUUUUAAAAAAAAUAGUGGAGAACAAGUACAUAAUAAUCCAAAACUAUUAAAAAAUAAGCGUAGUCAACAAUCAGUCAUUAGUCAACAUGACUUGUAUAGUCUAUGCUGGAGUCUAUUUUCAUUAACAAAAUCAAAAUUUCCAACUAUAUCCAAUGAUUUAGUAAGUGCCUAUCAUUUACUAGUGGCUUGUAUGAAUUUGUUCUAUGUUAAUGUUAUACAAUCGAAAUUAAAUCAUCUUCUAAAAGGUGCAUAUACUUCAUCUCCAACGGAUAAUAGUGAAAAUGAUGUAACAGUAAGUCAUGGAUGUUCUCCAUCAAUAAUCGAGGAAUUAUGUUCACAUUACAGUGGUCGUGUCGAAGAUUGUCGUACGAUUUCUGAACAUUAUUUAAAAACCUAUUUGAAACGUUUACUUAUCAAAGGUCGUCUGAAAGGUGAUUUAGACACUUAUACAUCUCUCCUACAUCCAAUUGAACAUUUUCAAAUAAAUUUACGAGAAAUUAAUCGUUCUUAUGAUGAAAUUGUAUUAACACGAUGUGUUAUUGAUGAACGGAUAUUUCUAACAUCAACUAAUGAUCAAGCUGGUUUAACACCAUUGUACGAUUUAGUAACAUCUCUAAAUGAAAAUCGAACGUGUCUCAAACCUAAAACACCGUUAACAAAUCGUAGUCGAUAUGUAUUAGGGAUAAAUGGACAUUCAACACCAAUAUCAAUAGCUAAUCAAAUGCUAUCUCAUAUAGCACAAAUUAUUGGCAAUUUGACUAAUGCCGAACCAAGUACAAAUUUAAAGCAAAUUAUUAAAAAUCAAAUACAUUUAGACAGUUUAAUAAAACGUGUCAAUGAUUGGAAACAAGUAUUCUAUCAAGAAUAUACAAAAUCUCUUUAUACACAAACUCCUAAACGAGACAUCGAUAAUGGCAGCAAUGAGGAAAAUGUUGACGAUCAUCAAUCCGAAGAAUAUUGUCGAUGGUCCAAGGCACGUAUGGAUAUGUCUGUAAAAUUGUUCUAUCAUUGUCUUGAUGAAAUUCUUACCACUGAACGUAAACAUUUACAACAACAUCGUGGUCUCAAUGAACAAGUAUCGUGUACUGAAGCAUGUAACAAAUUAUUAAUGAAAGAUGAAUUUAUUAAAUCAUUAUUUGCUCUAUGUUUGGAUCUUGUUUUGUAUUCAUAUCACGAUAAACAACAUGAUUACAAAUGGAUUUUAAAUCUAUACCAAUUGGAUGCAUUUUUAUUUGUAAAAAUAAUUGAAAUAUUUAUUCAAGCUAUUAAACAGAUUAGAAAUUCACGUGAAUUUAUUAAACAUAUGAAUUCAAUGGAAGAACAGAUAAUUUUACAUAUGGCAUGGAUAGAUAAAUCACAAAUUUGGAAUGAAAUUGAAAAAAGAGGUAUUCUGAUGUAUGAUGAUGUUAAAAAACCUCAACAGACCGUUGUUAUCAAUCCACAAUUGUCGUCAUCGAUAACGACACCGACACAUGCAUCCGGUUUAUAUUUGACGAAUUCUCCAAUAUCCCUAAAAGCAGCGAAUAAAUCUGCCGAUUCAUUAUCAACUCGUGCAUUAAUUAAACGUUCAAAAUCUGAUAAUAUGAAUGAUCGUCUACCACCUCCAUCACCUAACACUAUGGCCACUCAACAAAAGAAAAAUGGCCCGUAUCUCAUGUUCUAUCGUAAACUCUAUACAAUUGUCUCCAUUCGUCUUCAUACUCUUUGUCAACGUCUGAAUACAUCACCCUUGUUUUUAAAAAUUGUCUGGAAUACAUUUUUAUCUAUUUUCUAUAAACAUAUCCAAUUGUUACGAUCAAGGCAUCUAGAUCAAAUCCUAAUCUGUUGUAUUUAUUUAACAUCAAAUAAAAUGUGCGUACCUUUAUCAAAAUCAAAAUCAUUAUCCGAACAUUCUUAUACUUCAAAUGGAAAAAUAAGUUUAAAUCCAACACAACAGCAGUCAAAAUCCUUGAUGUGGUCUGAAUUAAUUAAAGUUUAUAAAAGUGUACCAGGAGCAGAAGAACAUGUAUUGAGAAGUGUAGUAUUAACAACAUCAACAGAUAUACUAACAAUUGACGAACUAUCAAACGAAUAUCAUCCUUCUUCCACCAUUUUAACACCGUCAAAACCAGCCGGCACACGUAUUCGAAUUGGUAACGAGUUACAUGGCGAUAUCCGUUGUUUCUAUGAUGACAUAUUUUUGAAACAUGCAAUGGAUACAGUACAAUCUUAUUAUGAAACACAUAAAGUAUUGUCUGAAUUUCCACGAGAAUUAUUAACAACUACAAUUAGUAAUCAAAAUAUAUUUUCAUCACCAAGAAAAAUACAAAUUGGUGGAGAAUCAUCGUUUUUAUAUUCGAACAAAUCAUUGGGAGCAUCACUUUUGCCAAAAUUGAUUCCCACAAACCGAGGCGAAAAUCAAUCCCCAUGCAUACCAUUUACAUCGACAUCCAAUUCGUUUCAAGCAACUAAUGUCUUAUCAUCCUCAAUUCAAACGGGUCAAGCUCAAAUUACUACAACAAAAACUCGAACACCAAAUGGAAAAUUUAUAACAAUUAUGACCGGUUCAACAGCAACUAAACAAAAUGUCACAAAUCAACAAGAAAAUGCCGACCUGUUAGAAACUAAUACAACGCCAUCAUCGUCUUCGUAUGAACAACAGAUCGUAUUUGGUAAAUUACCUUCAAAAGAUUUACGAGCAAUCAAUUCUUAUUUAGCAAGUAAAUACAACACGACGGCGACAAAAGAACAAGAUAUGCCGGCAAAUUCUUUCCGUACACACUCAAAUACUUGUGUUAAACGUAAAUCAUCGGAGGCUCUCCUCGAACAAGAAGACGAAAUUGAAGAAAUCAUCCUGGACAGUGACAAUACAUCAUCAACAACCAACUCUCCUGGACCAAAACAACAAAAUGGUUCUAUCAGUGAUGGAGGUCUCAACUCUAUUACUCAAAAAUUACUUUUACUUCACAAUGAUCGUCAACGAGAACAACAACAACAACAACAAUUUGUGUUUUCACCUCAAUCUCUAUCAUCGUCGCGAGGAUCAAUAUUUGAAUCAAAUAAUUCGUUGACAUAUUUAUCAACGUUAAAAUUACCUACACCGAUCAACCUAAGCAAUGGGGGAUAUCUAUAA